AUGGCGUCAUUCUAUGCAGGAAUUGCCAUUGAUGAUGUCGCAAAUAUUUUGGAGGAGUUACUUCUACGUUGUAACACUGAUGAUACAAGCCAUUCAACAAAACCUGAAACAUCAUCGUCAAGCUCCCAAGACGGUGCUAGUAGUGGAGAAGACAAGUUUGUUGAGUCUAAAUUAUUGUCCAAUGCAUCUAAAGCGGUUAAACUGACAAAUCACGGAGAAAAAGGACGUUAUAUUCUGGCCACUGAAACCAUAUGUCGUGGUGAAAUUAUUAUUAAAGAAAAGCCGUAUGGUUGUGUGUUGUUGCCAUCUCAUUACAAUACACGGUGUUACCACUGCGUACGAAAAACUGUUGCACCUAUUCCUUGCUGUACAUGUACUCAUGUAAGAUACUGCAGUGUAGAAUGCCAACAAGAAAGUUGGAAAUCGUAUCAUUAUAUAGAGUGCCCUCUAUGGCCAUUUCUGUCUCAGGCUGGAAACUUUUCUCAAUUGAGUCUUAGAAUACUGCUGAAAGCAGGAUGGAGUAAUAUUCAAAAAUACUCAAAAGAAGUUUCCAAUCCUGUGUCUAGUUCUCACAUUCCUGGCUGUGACACAAGGGGGAAUUAUAAAUCGGACUAUAACAGUAUUUAUAGUCUCAUUACUCAUUCGGGUAAACAGCCUUGGAAAGAUGUAUUUUUUUUCACCUUGACGUCGAUACUCCUAUCAACGCUGGUAACGAAAUUAAUAUCACCCUCUGAUGACGUCGAUGAUUUGUUGGCAGAUACUGAAGCAAUGAAAAUGACUGAAGCAGCGGAGGCUGAAAAUAAAUCUAAUAGAUCGCCUUCAGAGGAUGAAUCUCAAAUAAAUGGUAGCGCACCGAGCAGACAUACUUUGGACGCUACUGAUGCUGAUCGUGAUCGUAAUACUUCCCAAGACAAUACAACUGUAUGCAGCAAUGAUAGUAACAAAUUCCUUGCAGCUGAACAAAAACUGUCUCUCGGUGAUGCAGAGAAGGCAGUAGCGAGUGUGUUGCUGCAUCACUUGUUGCAGUUGCGAUGCAAUGUGCACGCUGUGACUGAAGUGGCCACUAAAACUGAUUCCUCCACUAGCUUUGUGGCUACUACGCAACAGAUAAGAAUCGCUGUUGCUGUGUACGGCACCGCAUCUAUGUUGAACCAUAGCUGUACUCCUAAUGUUAUCGCAGGUUACGAUGGAAACCAGUUGACAAUCCGAGCUACUGAAAUGAUAAAAAAAGGAGGCGAGGUCUUGCAUUGCUAUGGUCCACGCGUGUCCGACAUGUUUCGAGAUGAGAGACUGAAAGUGCUACGGGACCAGUAUUACUUCACAUGCAAAUGCAUGUUUUGCGGCAUACCCCAGGAGGCCAUAACCCCUUCAGGCGCUUUGCGUUGUCCACGGUGCAGCGAUAUGAGUGGCGUUUAUCAAACCCCUGAAGUAACGGGACAGUGUUGUAAUUUUGAUUGUCAUCAUAGUUGGAAGCUUGGAGAAACUGAUGAGAAAAUUGAGAAUGCCAGACAACUAUUUCGUGUGGGAAAAACUUUGAUUGGUGACAAAAACAAAGUGAAAGAGUGUCUGUCAACUCUUCACAAAGCCUAUAAAAUACAGCAGUCGGUGCUUUACAAACACAACAAAGAAUUGGCAGAAACAGAAGACUGUCUAGCGCUAUGUUAUGCUUCAUUUGGUAAUUAUCAUUAUGCUGCCAAGUAUCUGAAACUGAGUAUAAAAAGCAAUAUUAUCUUGUAUGGCGAAGACAGUAUUGAAAUUGGACAUGAAUUAUAUAAGUUGGCACAAAUUCUCUUUAAUUGUAAAAAUGUGACAGAGGGCCUCGGUGUUAUCGACAAAGCCGUGAAGAUAAUAUCUGAUCACUAUGGUGAAAACCACUCUGAUGUCAAGGAACUGCUACAAAUGAAGGCUGUGCUAAAAGACUAUAAAGAUCAGUAGAUUGGUAAAAUUUCAAUCCUGCAAUGUUUUUUUAGUAUGUAAACCAUUGUCAUACUAAUAGUACUUUCUUAAUAAUGUUUUACCAAAUUACCUGUAAUUCAAUAAAAGAGAAAAAUUACGAA